AUGGAAUUAAAAGACAUUACUGCUUCUACUUCUAUUGUACCAUCAUCAAUAACAACUUGGCUAGAACCAAAUGACAUACGAAUUCUUUCUCAAGAUCGCUUAAAAGUUCCUGAAACAAAUCUAAUUCCAGCUAUCUGUUUUUAUAAUGGUACGUUUGUUCCAAUUCAUGCAGGUCAUAUUAGUGUCUUGGAUGAUGCAAAACGGUACAUUAAUAAUCUCGGCACACAUGAAUUGCUAGCUGCAUAUAUAUCUCCAUCACAUUCUGGAUAUGUUGCGAAGAAAUUGAAUCCAGAAGAGUUGAUUGGAGCCGGGCAUCGUCUAACAAUGAUCUAUCUUGCAAUUGAAAAUCUUGAUUGGGUUAUGGUAGAUUUGUUUGAAAUGUUUCGACCAUGCAAAACUCCAUUAAGUAUUGUCAUGGCAGCUUUUAUUUCACGUGUUCGCUCACAACUUCCUGACGGAGCACGAAUUGAUGUAUUUUGGUUAAAAGGAGAAGACGCGCUGUUUCAUACUAGGUCAUCUGAUAAUCUUAUUCGAUUGGGAUUUCAUUCAAUAUAUGUUUUGAAUCGAAGAUCCAACGAGAACAUAAUUAACAAGAAUGAUGAACUUAAUUCUAUUCAGGAUUAUCAUGAAAAACGUUGGCGAGAAAUACAAACAUUAUCAUCUUUUCCAGAAAAGUAUAGUUGUUAG